AUGCCGUUCGGGGAGAAGCUCGAGCAGACUCUUUCACGUCCCACAGCGAAGCCGUACCGUUCAGCAAAACUUGCAAUCGAUGGCGUUGUAACUUUGAAUGAGGAUGGGCAUGUCGACUUUAGUCCAAACGAUAUUGAGAAUCCGAAGAAUUGGAGCUCCGUUCGAAGAUGGUACAUCACCGUGGCCGCGAUCAUCUUGGUAACCAAUGCGACUUUUGCGUCGAGUUCUCCCACCGGUUGUAUAAGAAGCAUCUCGGGGCACUUUGGAGUGUCAAUACUGGUCUCCAAUCUGGUCACGACGUUGUUCUUGCUUGGGUAUUGCUUUGGUCCGCUCUUCUGGGCUCCGCUUUCAGAAUACUAUGGUCGUCGAUACCUUUUCUACAUCGCCUUCUUCGGUUACUUCGCUUUCAACUUCCUGUGUGCAUUUGCUCCAACGUUUGCCGCUCUGCUGAUUGGGCGCUUCCUCACAGGCACUAUGGCAAGCUGUGCCCUCAGCGUGGUUCCUGGUCUUUUGCCUGACUUAUGGCCGMCUAUCGAGAGAGGUAAUGCUGGAGUUCUAUUUGCAAUAAUGACCACUGCCGGACCAGCUCUGGGUCCUGUAGUAUCUGGCUUUCUGGAGGUGACGAAAUCCUGGCAAUGGUCGUUCUUCGUCCUGAUCUUUUUCGCCGCGGGCACCAUUCCCAUAAUGUUCACUCUUCCAGAGACCUUGCCGUCAAGAGUCCUCACCAACAAAGCAAGACGAAUCCGCAAGGCAAAGGUGCCGGGGUACGAGAAUGUCCAGUCACCUAUCGAGGCAUCGAAUCAGACCCUCUCCAGUGUCUUUCGCGUGGCCUUGACUCGUCCGUUCAUCAUCCUGCUCGACCCUAUCUCGUUCCUGGUCGCCAUCUAUCUAUCAGUCAUAUACGCUCUUAUCUACAUGCUGUUCACCAUCUACCCCAUCGUCUUCCAACAGCGACGGGGAUGGAAUGCUGGACUCGGAGCUCUACCCCUGAUUGGCCAGCUAGUAGGAGCGGGUAUCGCCGGUGCUCUUGUCUUCUACGAAUCCACUCUGGGUCGAAAGCGAAUGCUUGCUGGGAUCGAGCGGACGCCGGAGGAGCGUUUACCUUUAGCUAUGGUUGGCAGUGUCUUGUUCCCAAUCACCAUGUUCUGGUUCGCAUGGAGUGCCAAUUACGACUCUAUCCAUUGGGCGGUCCCGACAGUCGCUGGAACCUUUCUAGCCACCAGCACCGUACUCAUGUUCGUGGGUUACUUGAAUUAUCUGAUGGAUGUAUACAACGAAUAUGCAGCCAGUGCAGUAGCAGCGAAUACCGUCUGUCGCAGCCUGUUCGGAGCGAUUGCGCCGCUAUUCACUCAGCAGAUGUUCGCAGCACUCGGUGUAGGAGGGGCUGGAAGCUUGAUUGCGGGCAUAGGCAUCCUGCUGGUGCCCAUUCCGUUUCUCUUUCACAGAUACGGCCCUGCGAUUCGGGCUCGGUCCAAGUUCUCCACGAUGACGUCCAAGCAAGAUGAUAACGUCAGUCGCCAGGAUAUUGGAGAUGGACAUUCCAGUAGCUCGAGGGAUGAAGAACUUGCAUUGGACGGGCAGGCUGGCGUGCUCAACCACAUUGGCGAUAAAGGGCUGCCAAACAGGGACUCGUAUUUAGAUGCGCAUGGUGUAGAGAGGGCAGAACGACAGACAUGA